CAUAAAUCAAAUUUAGCUGAUUCGCCCUUUGUUAUAUGAUGAAAAAUGUAGUGGAAGCUUUGAGGGUUUGGUGGCUAGGGUCUGUGGAAGACCCAGACGAAUACCUAGAAUUGAGGAAACAGUUUAUGCAUGGCCAUGCACCCGAAGCAGUUGAUUUGAUUCAGUACGAAGACGGUCAAAAGGAACUCGAUCAGGAGUUUCAGCAAAUUUACUCGGCAAGCAGAGCCGAAGACCCGAAUGUCGAAGCGUACUUCACGGCGAGGGAUCAGCUUCAGCGGCGAGGAGGCAUGCGCAACAAGUUGAAGACAAGAAUUCCGUAUUACAUCCCAAUCAUAUACUGGCUGCCAAAAUAUUCGUGGAGGCGGGACUUCGUAAACGAUCUGAUAGCGGGCAUUGGCGUGAGCGCGAUACUGAUACCUCAGGCGUUGGCUUACUCUAUGCUGGCGGGAGUUGAGCCAAUAAGCGGUUUGUAUACAGGUUUUUUUCCGUUGUUAAUGUACUGCCUGAUGGGGACGAGCAAGCAGCUUUCGAUGGGGCCCGACGCGCUGGCGACGUUGCUGUUGGGGACGACGUUGCCGAAGUUCGACGCGGCGCCCGAGGAGCUGUUUCCGUUGCUGUCGUUCACCCUGGGCUUGUUUCUGCUUUUGUUUGGCAUCAUACGAGUGGGGUUUUUGGACAACGUUUUGUCCAAGCCGCUGUUGUGUGGGUUUGUGAACGCGGUGGCCCUGACCAUACUCAUAGAGCAGAUGGACGUGUUUUUCGGGAUGAGGUUCGAGGUACACGGAUGGAGGAAGAUCUUGGCGUGGUGGCAGGAGAGAGCAAAAAUCAAUUGGGUUGUUUUUAUGUUGGGUGUGGGUUUCGUAUGUUUGAUGAAUGUUAUCAAGCUGUUGAGGCGUCGAUACCGGCUUUUCAAAUACAUGGCGGAGACAUUGAUAGUGAUGCUUUUGGCGUUGAUUUUAACGCAUUACCUCGAUUUAGAUAAGAAGUACGGAGUGGAUGUUUUGGGCAAUAUUGGAAGGGGCUUCGCGGUUCCGACGUCUCCCAACUUCCAUCUGCUCUUUUCGUCUAAGGCGGAUUCGUCGAUCGUGAUCAAUUCGUUGCUCAUAGCGAUUGUUGGCUUCAUCGAGCACAUUGUCAUUGCCAAACAUUAUUCCUCCAAGUACAAUUACCAGAUUUCGCCCAAUCGCGAGUUGGUCGCCGUAGGCUGCAGCAAUUUGUUUGGCUCGUUUUUCCAGACCUACCCCACCUUCGGCUCCUUGCCCAGGUCCGCGAUCGCCGACAACCUCAACGCGAAGUCGCAGAUCUUUGCCUUGGUAUCCAUGGUCAUCACCGCCUUUACCAUCUUGUUUUUCACGCCCUACUUCAGCAGGCUUCCGCGUGUCGCGAUGAGCGCGAUCAUUUGCGUGGCCUCCUUCAGUCUCUUUGAAGUGGGCGAUAUUCGGUUUUUGUGGGGCAUCAACGCCUGGAAGGAACUGUUGUUCUUGUUCAACACCUUCGUUCUCGGCAUCGUCCUCGGCAUUGAGUUGGGCAUCUUCAUCUCGCUCGGCAUCUCGAUCUUCUUCAUCAUCAAAACCACCACCUAUCCGCACAUCACUAUCCUGGGGUAUCAACCCGCUACCGACACGUUCACCGAAAUUUCGGCCGUCGACUCUCGCAUCUUGCCCGGCAUCAUCAUCAUCCGCAUCGAAGACCCGCUCUACUUUGCCAACAUCAUGCAAAUCAAAACUCUGUUCUUUCGCCUAGAACAACUCGGAGACCCCAAGGCCCACCCCGCUCUCCAACACAAGCGCUUCAUCGCGCCCACUCGCGCCAUCAUCAUCCACGCUCGAAACGUCCUCUCCAUCGACGCCAGCGCCACACAGGUCCUCUCCAAAAUGCUCAAACACUACAAAAAUCGAAACAUCUUCGUCGCCUUCGUCAAACUCCGCCAACACCUGGCCCUUCCCUUCAUGCUCACCGGCGCCAUUUCCAACGACCCCGACGGCCCCUGCGGCCUGUACAACACCCUCCACGAGGCCGUCGAGGCCGUGCAGCGAAAACUCAACUCGGAGCCUCCCCCCCCUCCCCCCAUCGACGAGGGCUUCGCCGACCAGCUCUCCGUCCCCCUCUCCACCGCCGCCAACUACUCUCCCCCGAAGCCGCCCGCCUGGGACCUCUCCGAGUCCGAACAAUUCGAACUCGCCAACCUCUUCCCCGACACCGAGUACGGACACCACUCCUGCCAAAUCUCCGACUCCGAGCCCGCCCCCGCCCGCCUGAAAGACUCCCUGGUCCAAGUCAACUCCCACAAGAAAAAAGAACUGUUCAAAGCGCUCGGCAAGCGCGCGUUCAACAUCCCCUACUUCCACACAAUCGGCCAACCUGUCACUCACCAAGACAAAUCGUACCGGUACGACGGCCCAUACACACACAUACAAACACACUUCGAAAACCACCGCAGGUCCAAGCGCGUUAAGACGUCGCGUUCGAACAGUCUGUGAGCGCCAGAAGUACCAUAAAACACACAGCCCCCCCUUUAUCGCUCC